AUGGGCCAUGCCGGGAAAGCCGGGGCAGGCCUGGGCCCAGAGGCCCGCAGGCUGUUCACACUGGACAGGGCUCUCCGCGGAGUGCACUCGAGGCCCUGGAGCGGGCAGCAUGGAGGCAGCUGUCCCCUGUGGUGGAUGGUGGCCAAGGAGGACCUCGGAUUGGAACUGAGCCGGGGGCCCCUGGCCGAGGAGUGGGUAGAAGGGGAUCCCAAAAAGUUGGAGCCGUUCCUGGAGCUGGAGGAAGAGGCGGAGGAGCUCAGGGCUAACAACUUGUACUCAGCACCCAGCUCCUGCCAGGGCCGCUGCCAUGAAGCUUUCGACAAGUACCACCCCUGCCACUGCAACAGGCGCUGCCAAGAGUUUGGGAACUGCUGCAAGGAUUUUGAGAGCCUGUGUGACCAUGGGGGUUUCUCCCACAGCAGUGACGCCAUAACCAAAGAGGAGCUUCAGAGCAUCUCUGAGAAGAUCUACAGGGCAGACACCAACAAAGCCCAGAAGGCAGACAUUGUUCUCAAUAGCCAAAACCGCAUUCCCCCCUCAGAGACUAGAGACCAAGUGGAUUGCUGCCCAGAGCCGCUUUUCACCUACGUCAAUGAGAAGCUGUUUUCCAAGCCAACGUAUGCAGCCUUCAUCAACCUCCUCAACAACUACCAGCGGGUGACAGGCCAUGGGGAGCAUUUCAGCGCCCAGCAGCUGGCUGAGCAGGACACCUUUCUCAGAGAGAUCAUGAAGACGGCAGUCAUGAAGGAACUCUAUGGCUUCCUCCAUCACCAGAAUCGCUACAGCUCGGAACAGGAGUUCAUCAGCGACUUGAAGAACAUGUGGUUUGGGCUCUAUUCAAGAGGUGGAGAAGAGGGGGACUCGAGUGGCUUUGAACAUGUCUUCUCAGGUGAAAUAAAAAAAGGCAAGGUCACUGGCUUCCAUAACUGGAUCCGCUUCUACCUGCAGGAGAAGGAGGGCCUGGUUGACUAUUACAGCCACAUCUAUGACGGGCCUUGGGACUCUUACCCUGACGUGCUUGCGAUGCAGUUCAAUUGGGACGGCUACUACAAGGAAGUGGGCUCAGCUUUCAUAGGCAGCAGCCCUGAGUUUGAGUUUGCCCUCUACUCCCUGUGCUUCAUCGCCAGGCCAGGCAAAGUGUGCCAGUUAAGCCUGGGUGGGUAUCCUUUGGCCAUCCAGACCUAUGCCUGGGACAAGACCACCUACAGAAAUGGCAAGAAGUACAUAGCUACAGCUUACGUGGUGUCUUCCACCCAAUAGAGCUUUGAGCCAAGAAGGGGACAAAGACAGUGACUGGGGUGUGAUCUGCCCUGGACUGGAGAGGCAAGGGAGAAGACUGAGUCACUGAGAGGGAUUCCCAAAUCCAGAGGUGCACAUAUGAGAAAGCAAGAAGAGGUAUAAAUUAGAAAAAUGUAGAGAAACAGUGAAAUAUUUGCUUGCAGCAUUUUGGCAACAUAGACUAAGAAACAGUCUAGAUGGAAAAGGUGGGGGCCCUUGAUAGCUCUUUGCCUUGAUAUGUGGUAGAACCAUGAACAAGUCCUUUUACCUCUCCAGGCCUCAUAUUUCCCUGUAAAGUAAAGAGAAGAGAGCUGCCUUCUUUUUGUGAGAAGGUGAACAUGAUGAUAUUAUUACUAUGAUUGUGUUUUGAAUUGUUCUUAUGAAGAACGGCCAAGAGAAAUUCAAGAUUAUUAUAAUGGCUGCUAUUCUACACAGCUCUGCAAAUUGCAAUUCACCCCUCUUUUGGGGACCUCAGAGAAGUCAGGUCAUGGAAAUCAAGCAAUGAGCAUUUGUUCUUUUCUGGGGUUAGAUCUUCUCAAAACAGGAUCUGGGAGCACUCAGACACUGGUGGGAGAAGAGUAACCAGUUAGUGCAAUUUUAGGCCCCAGUGUUUUUUUGUGGUCAGCUCAGUAUCUGCAUCAAGCAGCUUCCCCUCCACUAAGGGAUAUUAGUGCAGUUACAGAGCUGAAUUUUGAUCCCCAAUAGUUUUUGAAAGAGCUCCCUUCAUAGGAGGAAGCUUUAGCAUCAGAAGAAGAAAAGAACCUGUAUCUUGGUGUCAUUAAUGAAAUUUUAAGGCUUAUACAACAGCCAUAAUUUGCUUCAAAUAGACUCUCAAAAGGGACACCAGGGAGUCUGGGGCUCCUUAUCUCAACCUCAUUUAUGCAUUUCUCCUCUGACCCUGUUUGGGAACCACACCUUGUCCUACAGGGUCAGGCCUGACCCUCUGGUUUAGAGGGUUCCAGUCUCCAAU